CCAUUCGAUCGCUUCAAAAACGAUUCCAGUAACCAAAUUCACUCUAAUAGGUUCCUGCGGCCGUUAAGCAACAAAAUGGGUGCCGAGCAGAACGAAGCUCCAAAAGGUGAUGCAGAGAAGAAACCCACUGCUGAUGCCGGCGCCGCCGGUGAAAAGAAAGAUGACGCCAAGGUCAUCUCUGUUUAUAAGAUGAACAUGCAUUGUGAGGGCUGUGCAAAGAAAAUUAGACGCGCAGUUAAACGUUUAGAAGGUGUGGAAGCUGUGAAGACAGAUUGUGAAGGAAACAAACUGACGGUGACCGGGAAAGUAGAUCCCGAGAAAGUCAAAGCGAGAGUGGAAGAGAAAACGAAGAAGAAAGUGGAGAUUGUGUCUCCUCAACCUAAGAAAGACGGCGGCGAUAAGAAACCAGAGGAGAAGAAACCGGAGGAGAAGAAACCUGAGGAGAAAAAACCACCUAAAGAGAGUACGGUCGUUUUGAAAAUAAGAACUCACUGCGAUGGUUGCAUUUCAAAAAUAAAGAAGAUUAUCUUGAAAAUCAAAGGGGUUGAUAACGUGGCAGUGGACGGAGCAAAGGACCUAGUCACGGUGAAGGGGACAAUGGAAGUGAAGGAAAUGGUACCUUACCUCAAGGAAAAGCUGAAGAGGAACGUGGAGGUAGUUCCCCCUAAGGCAGAAGAAGCAAAGAAGGAAGGAGGCGGAGAAAAGAAAGAAGAAGCGAAGGCCGAGAAGAAAGAAGAAGCAAAGGCUGAGAAGAAAGAAGCAAAGGCGGAGAAGAAAGAAGAUGCGAAGGCCGAGAAAAAAGAAGAAGCUAAAGCUGAGAAGAAAGAAGGAGAUGGAGGCAAGAAGGAAGAGGCUGCGGCUGCUGGUGGCGGUGGCGCUAAGGUGGAGGUGAACAAGAUGGAGUACUACCCGCCACCGGUACCGAUUCAGUGGUUUGACGGAGCAUUUGGUCAGAGUUACGCUGUGGAGCCCCAUCAUGGGUACUACGCUGUGAAUCAAGCGCCAGGGUACCCGAUGAUGAACCAUGGCUAUGGAUACGUACAACACGGCUAUGUAAAUCAGGGGUAUGUUAUGGAACCAGCGUACCACCAUCCAAUGCAUGCGCCACAAAUGUUCAGCGAUGAGAACCCCAACGCAUGUUCAGUGAUGUGAGCAGAGAGCCGAGAGGAAGAAGAAGAUAAUCGGACGGUGGAUAAUGGACGAAUAUCACUUAAAGUGAUGUAAAUAAAUACAAGUAACAGGGAGAAAAGAGUAAUUCCAAAACUACAAAUGGAUGGAGGAAAAUUGGAACUUAUAAUUACCUGUAAUUAGGUAGAAUUUUGUUUAGGUUAGUAGAGUAAUUAAUGAAUGGUGUACCCGGCCGGCUGGUAAUGCCCGGUUCUGUUGGUUGGUUUGUUUCCUUUGUUCUUUAAUCAUUUUACUAAUGAUGAUUAAAAAAUAAAAAUAAAAAAUUUUGUAUAAUAAUAUUCAUCUAAUUAACGUUUAUAAAA